AUGACGCUCCAUCUCCACGUCGCCCGCGCUGCUGGGACAUGCGGACUAUAUCCCCAAGAUAAAACAGCACUGGGGCAAAAAACACGUGAGCCCGUCCUCGCCUGCAAAAACAUCUCGGCGGCUGGGCUGGGCGUCCAUGCCUGCUGCCUGCAUGCGGCUCUGGCCCGGGCAUCUCGCUGCGGGCGCCUGGCUGAGGGUGUGCAAAAAGCGGCCCAUCGGGGCCGGCCCUGCAUCGCUACGAUUUCGCUGCGCCGCACUGGGCCGCUUUUCGCAGCUGGCGCCCUGAUUCCCGAUACUGCGGCGCCAUCAGUCAAUAAAUGUUGCACACCUGGCGAUCGCGCGCAGAGGAUGGGGUGCCGGGGCGUGGGCUUGGAUUUUUUGGAUCUUGCCGUUGUUGGAGUUGCCGUUUUUGAGUUUGCCAUUGAAUUUGCCAUUUUUGAUUUUGCCAUUUUUGAUUUUGCCAUUCAAUUUGCCGUUUUUGAGUUUGCCAUUCAAUUUGCCAUUAAAUUUGCCAUUGAAUUUGCCAUUUUUGAUCUUGCCAUUCAAUUUGCCAUUUUUGAUUUUGCCAUUCAAUUUGCCGUUUUUGAUUUUGCCAUUCAAUUUGCCAUUUUUGAUCUUGCCGUUCAAUUUGCCAUUUUUGAUCUUGCCGUUUUUGGAGUUGCCGUUUGUGGAGUUGCCGCUUUUGAAUUUGUUGUUGGAGUUGCCGAUGGGAUUUGCCGCUUUUGA